AUGAGGCCAGAAACGAGUUUCGUUUUGUCGACAUCUGGGACCAGAAGUUGUAUAUGCUUCCAAAUAACCUCAAUGGCUCAUUCGCUGAGCGAGACAUGCAGUGUCACCGCCAAUAUAGCGAAUGGCGGAGAUGAUCACAAGGAUCUAAUAGUCGUAGCCGCCAAACACGGCUAUGCCCUUGCUGACCGCAACACUGGGCAGCUGUCGUACAUCCGCAAGGUCUGGGACGAGCAGGAGGACCCGGAGAAAGCCCGUCGAAUGCGUUUCAAUGACGGAGCCGUCGACAGUCAUGGGCGGUUCUGGGCCGGAUCGAUGAAUGAUCCCAAAGUCCAGAAACCAACCAACGAGGGCGUCUUGUUCAGGCUGGACCCCGACCUGCAGUUGCAUCGUAUGGUCGAAGGGGUGUCCAUUCCCAACGGGAUCGGCUGGAACCUCCGAGACGACACCAUGUACUUUACCGACUCGCCCACGGCGAAGAUCUUCGCCUUUGACUUUGACGCCAGCACGGGAACUAUCAGUAACCGCAGAGUGCACUAUGAUGUUGGCGAGCCUAUGGAACCCGAUGGUUUCGCCAUCGACGAGGAAGGAUGCAUCUGGAGCGCGAUUUACGGGGGCGGGAAGAUCAUCCGCAUCUCCCCGGAGGGCAAGCUUAUUGGCGAGAUCUCAUUCCCAACCAGGAACAUCACCUGUCCAACCUUUGUAGGUACCGAACUAUUUGUCACCACGGCCAAAGACGAUGUCAACGAUGAGCAAUUCCCAGAGUCUGUCCGUUAUGGUGGGCGGGUCUAUCGAAUUGACGUGGGGGUUAGGGGCAAGCCGAAAAACGAGUUCCGGUUCCAGAAGUAG